AUGCACCCCGAGGCCUCGGAGCCCGCGGAGGACGCGGCGGCCGAGCUGGACCGCGCGCAGGAGCCGGGCGUGGAGGAGUCCGCGGGUGACCACCGGGACGCGGGCCAAGGGGCCCGCAAAGAAGAAAUUAAUGAUCCUAAGGAAAUAUGCAUGGGUGUUUCUGACACUGCCUACCAAAACCAGCAGAAACAGAGUGGUGAUAGUGCAUCAGACAGUCAAUUAACACACCCAAGAGAGGACAAGGAUGAUCGGGGCCCCAGAAUGACUAAACAUUUCCUGCAGAAACUCUGCAAGCAACACAAGCUUUACAUCACCCCAGAGUUGAAUGAUACUCUGUAUUUGCACUUCAAAGGUUUUGACCGCAUCGAGAACCUGCAGGAGUACACGGGCCUGCGCUGUCUCUGGCUGGAGUGCAAUGGGAUACAGAAGAUCGAGAACCUGGAGGCGCAAACAGAACUGCGUUGCCUCUUCUUGCAAGUGAAUCUACUUCAUAAGAUUGAGAACCUGGAGCCUCUGCAGAAACUGGAUGCUCUUAACCUGAGCAACAAUUACAUCAAGACCAUCGAGAACCUCUCCUGCCUCCCCGUGCUGAACACACUGCAGAUGGCCCACAACCACCUGGAGACCGUGGAGGACAUUCAGCACCUGAGGGACUGCGCAAAGCUUUGCGUCCUUGACCUUUCCCAUAAUAGACUGAGGGACCCGGAGAUCCUGGGCAUCCUGGAGAGCAUGCCUGACCUGCGUGUGCUGAAUUUGAUGGGAAACCCAGUUAUCAAGCACAUUCCUAAUUAUCGAAAGACAGUCACUGUUCGCCUGAAGCACCUGACCUACCUGGAUGACAGACCAGUUUUUCCAAAGGACAGGGCCUGCGCGGAGGCCUGGGCCCGGGGAGGGUACGCGGCCGAGAAGGAGGAGAGGCAGCUGUGGGAGAGCAGGGAGCGGAAGAAGAUGGAGGACAGCCUGGAGGCCUUGGCCAUGAUCAAGCGGCGGGCAGAGGAGAGGAGAAGAGAGAAAGAAGGGGAGAAGCCAUCUCCAGACAGUGGGGACAGAAAGGAGGAGGCUCCACAGGACGGAGAAACACAACAGAAAAUGGAGUUAUUUGUGACAGAAAGCUUCGAGGCCAAGGAUGAGCUGUUCCCAGAGAAGCCGAGUGGAGGAGAGGGGUGGCCUGCAGAGGGGACGGAAGCCGAGGAGCCAGUGGGGAGCCUUCCCGUGCAGGCCCCAGCACCCCCAGGAGCAGCCAGGGGAGAGUCAGCCUCCCAGGUGGCAGAGACUGCAGGUGUGCUGGUGAUGGAACUCAGUGGGCCUGGAACUGAAGCUUCAGCCACCACGAAGCCAGAGGCCCAGAAGUUCUUCAUGGAUGACCUGCCGGACCUGGAAGACGUGGAGGACACAGGCGCAUCUCUGGAAGUCCAGGACAAGGUUUGCAGAGUAAGUGUUCAGACACCCUUCUCUCAACAGGAAAGGUGCUCUCCAAAGAUUGAGGCCAUUUCGAGCUUACGUGACAACGGUGACCAUGACCUGGACAAUGUGUCUCCAGAGCUGGACAGCAGGCCCACAGACACCCAGUCACACAUAUUCGCAGUCUCUAGAGGUACCUCGAAGGAGGCCGAGACCCCUUUUACAAACAUACUUAAGAAAGAAACUAUAAAGGCCUUGGGAACCCCACGUCAAGUCCCCGAGUCCCCAAGGGUGCUUAUUCAGGAGAUUAGUGGCCAYGAGACCUCAAGCCAACUCCUCGUGCCCUCCUGCUGGAGCGACGCUGCUUCUGCUCCUUCCAGCGAAAGUGGAGACAGACACCUCCCYGCAGCCCCUCCAUCAGGUAAGGCCACUGCGUUGCAGGUCCACAGCGCUGCUGGGCAUGCUGAGCCGUGAAGGCUGGGUGGGCCCAGGGAGCU